UUUUUGCAUGUUACAUACCACGGCAAUGGUUGUUUGUAAAUACGGCCGCGCAGCGAAGACCGAAUUCCUAGAAAGCCAAAGUCGGGGCUCUUCUGGUUUUGUGUAUCAUACGUGGAUAUAAAUUGCUACAAUUGAUAUUCCAUUGAAAUAGACAAACAGUACAUUUUCCGGUCAUCUUCUACCAGAGGCUAAUGAGUAUGGAACCAGAGGUUAAUAAACCUUAGAGAAUAAGUUUUCGUUGGAUUUAAGGAAGAAACAACCGAGAAAUGGAAUUAACAGGCCUUAAGGGGUAUGAGGACGUUCUGGGAUUUACUAACCAGACUGCGGUCCUGUUGUGUGGAAUGGGAGCGAAGAAACUUGUACCACAAUUCAGGGAGAUGAAUAUAUCGACUGAAAUGUUGGCUGAUUUGACGCACGAUGACCUUGUACUACUUGGUGCAGACCAUGAACUUGCCGAUCGUAUGCUCAAACAGUUGUCUGCAAUAUCGAGGCGUACUGGUCUAACGGUGUUAACACCGCAGCAAAAAUUAGAUCAACUACUGGAAUCUCUGGAAAAUAAUGGUAAACAUUUGUCACUCAUCAACGCAUUUGUUACAUAUAUCAGAUUGCGUGUUAACAAGGAAAAAAUGGAUUCUUUCAUCGAAAUAAAUGGUAAUCUGCGCAGUAGCCAAGCUUUGGAGUUGGCAAUUACAGCGACUAUUUCUGAGAUCCGAGAAACUCGAUCAGCUCUGCAAGAACUCAAAUCGUUUCUAGAGGACAGAGGCACCUCAAGGAGUACCACUUUUUACUUUGGUACACUCGGCGGGUUGGGACUGUUGACUUGGUUGUUGUUAAAAAAUCAUUUCUAACGUUUGGAUGUACUUAAAAUUAUUUUUUCUUUUGUAAUAAAACUAUAGCAUUACCAAAUGGUUGCAUUACUGUAAAA